GGUCCGGAAGCUCCUGCUCGGAUUUCUUCUCCCGCUUCGGUUUUUAGAUUUUGCGCUUUUCGCAAGUCGGCAAAGUGGAAGGAAUCAAAUGGCUCGAAGCAUAUCAAGGUCGCCGUCGUACCGGCGAAGGCACUCUCCGUCGCCAGUUGGCCGCCGUUCCAGCCGAAGAAGUCGACGGGACCGCAGCCGGUCGCCGUACUCCAAUUCCCACAGCAGAAGAAGAAGUCGCUCGAGCUCCCCACGUCGCCGAAGAAGUCGCUCUUCAUCUUAUAGGCGGCGCAGGACAAGAUCCCCGACGCCCAGGCGCCACAGAAGGCAGAGAAGUCCUAGCAGAUCCCUGUCCCCACCACCCAAGUCCCCCAAUCCUAGCCUUGCCUCUACUGAACGCAAGAAUGUCAUCGAGAAACUCAAAAAAGAGGAAGAAGAAAAGAAAAGGCUUCAACAUGAGGCAGAAUUGAAACUUUUGGAAGAAGAGACUGCACAGAGACUUGAAGAAGCAAUCCGGAAGAAUGUUGAGGAGAGGUUGAAGUCUGAGGAAGUUAACACAGAAAUAGCUAGAAGAAUAGAAGAAGGACGAGCCAAAUUAUUGGCCGAUGUUGCAGCUCAACUUGAGAAAGAGAAGGGAGCUGCUCUAAUGGAAGCUCGACGGAAAGAAGAACAAGCCCGAAGAGAGAGAGAGGAGCUUGAUAGGAUGCUGGAGGAGAACAGGAGGCGGGUGGAAGAGUCCCAGAGAAGAGAAGCACAGGAGGCAGCGCGUAAGGAAGAGGAAAGGCAGCGGGAGCUGGAGCUGAUUCAGAGGCAGAAAGAAGAGGCUGCUCGUAGGAAACGGUUGGAAGAGGAAGAGGAACGUGCUAAGCAGAGGAGCUUACUGGUUAAAAACCAAUCUCGUUCGAAGAUGUCAUUCGGUCUGUAACAGCUGGAAUCUAAUUUCAUCCGGUUGCAUAUAUUCCCAUCCCAAGCGGAUGUGCAUACCCAGAAAAUGCACUAUUUGUCCCAUUUUGUACUAUGAGAAGGAGGUGAGUCGGCUCAGCAGUCUUAACUUAUAAGCGGGCAUUCCAUGUUCCUGAAAAUGCAGACGAUGUUAGGUAUUGGAUUCCCUUAUCUGUGGCAGAGGAUGUUUUGAAUUUUGCUCUCAAUGACUAUUAGAUUUGCCUGAUUGUAAAAAUUCUACUGAAUAUAUAAGCUAUACGAGCUUGACUCUUUACUCUCUCUCA